AUGGCACCCACAGCAGUCAUCGAGCGCGAAGCGCCAGAUGUCGUCCCCAAUGCGACACGCGCCCCGGUGCGCUCGCGUCUCCCCACGGCGCUGCGCGUGCCCAUUCUCAUCAGUUUGAACAUGGGCAUCAACAUGCUGCUAUGGGAGUUCACGGCGAAUUUCCUGCGGCCCGAGUUGGGCGCUGUUAGCAAGGUGCCGAGUGAGGACGAUGUCACGUCUUUCUACUCGCCUGUCGCGCGCAUUGGCAUGCGCUUCUUGACAGUUUGGAUGACGUGGUACUUCAACUACGACUUCUACGAUGUCUCAGCGCUUACCGUCCUGACCUACGCGCCCUUCACCUAUCUCCUCACUACCUUCUACGACAUCUCGACUUUGACCGCUGCGGCCAACAUCUGCAUCGAAGUCCUGUCUUUCGCCGUACCCACCUACCUCCUGCGCCCCCGCUCAAUCGUCCACAGGAACAACGAACCCCUACGCAACCGCUUCCUCCUUAACAGCGUGCAAGUCCAAGUCUCUUCCUCGAUGCUCGCAGCAGGCGUCUACGUCACAAUCCUCUGGGGUGGCCUAAAAAGCGGUGUCCUAAACACCUUCCUAGUUCAAUACUUUGACAUUCCCACGCUCGAAGCCGCCCAUCUCGAGACCCCCGUCUCCAUCCUCAUCAAGACCAUCGUGGUGGGUGUGAGCGCCAAAGCCUUCCUGCUCAACCCUUCGUUCGCAGCCCAGCGUUCUGGUGCACUGACACCGGCGGAAGAAUUCGAUCCCAGUACUGCGACGCUGCCCAAGACUCUUGAACACAACUUCUACAAUUUCAGCAAGAUGACACGGACCCUUAUCCAGCAGACACUUAUCCUGAACGCGUUUUUGUUCGCGGGUACGGUGCAGAGGUGUAUGACGCUCAUUGGUACAGAUGUUGUUGGUGCGGUUGGGUAUGCGGGAGUGUGGGUUGCAGCGAAUACCGUGGUUGCGUUGUGGUACGGAUGGGUGGGAGACACAAGCGCAGACUACGAGCCAUUGUAA